ACUUUACUCAAAAUUUAGAAGUGAUCGAAAUUAAAUUUGCUUGGUUAGUGUAUAUGAUAGGUGGUCUAGUAGGUGGCAGACAGACAUAUUUUAGUACCGAAGAAGACGAUGUUAUCGAUGGAGAAAUAGCAUGUAAAGUAAUAAAUAUUAUGAACGAAAAUAAGUCAUGGAGUGAUCCGCGCGGAAGCGCAAAUGGCAGCGAAAAAUUGGAAUUAGCAUUCAUAUACUUUUUCCAGCAGUUCCGGAAGAGCUAUAUUGGAGAAAGCUCUCAGAAUGUUUCCAAAGCAUAUAAUAAGCUAUCGGAGCAACUCGGAAUUAACGAUCAAACAAUGCUUCUGGAAAUUAUCGUUACUAAGAUCGGAACCAAUCUUAAAAUAUGGGGUGCAAAUACAAAUAUAAUUAAUCGGACCGUGGCUCUAUUUAACGAUUUGGCAGCAGGGUAUAGCUCCGUUAGAUUCCUUCGCAAAAUCCAAACCGCGCAAUUCAUU